GGUAGGCUUCACUCUACAUCCAGUACAGACAAAAGCAGAGCCUCUUUUACGUCCACGGUUCUUGAUGAGUAAAGUGUAAGUUGUAGAGCAUACAGCGCCACGUCCUCACUCUUCCCUCACCACCAGCCUUAUGUUGUUUACAUUGGAAACCGGCCUGCUGCUGCGAUGAGCCUGAGGAGCCGAGCCAGUGAGCCACCGGCCAGCCACUCAGUGUGUCGCAAGCCGCCGUUGUGAGAGGAAUUUUGACGUUCACAGCUCCUGCGUUAAACCACCGGCGCUAUGGCUGCCAGUAUAGAGUUUUACAAAGAACAGGCCAAGAAAAUGCUGUACGAGAAGAACAAAUUCACGGACAUAUUGGCGCAGGUGGAGGCGAAAACCCAAGUGAAGAGAGAAUACCUGGCGCUGGGUGCCGUGGUGCUGGUGAGCUUGUACCUGGUGUUUGGCUAUGGUGCUCAGCUCAUCUGUAACGGCAUCGGCUUCGUCUACCCAGCCUACUGCAGCAUCAAGGCACUGGAGUCAUCUAAGAAGGAGGAUGACACUCGCUGGCUCACCUACUGGGUUGUGUUUGCCCUCUUCUCAGUGACAGAGUUCUUCUCAGACCUUCUCCUCUCCUGGUUCCCUCUCUACUGGCUUGCCAAGUGCCUGUUCCUGGUGUGGUGCUUCAUGCCUGUCUCCUGGAAUGGCUCUGAUGUCAUCUACACCCGAGUGGUGCGGCCUUUCUUCAUGAAGCACCAAACUGGCAUUGACUCGGUCAUGUCCAAGGUGACCGGCAAACUGGACCAGCUGGGUGAUGAUGUCAUUAAGGUGGCCGGUGAUGCCGUCAAGUCAGACUAAGAGUUGUGUAGCACAGCACUGAGGGUGGGACAGACAGAGUUGCUGCCUCACUUGCUCACACUCAUUCUCAACCCAGCCAACCAGCCAGCCAGCCAACCAGCAAGCAGAGAGCUGGUGUAUGCUUUGCUAUAAGAACGGUUAAUAAUUGAUAACUAUGAUAAUCACAUAACUACGAUAAUCACCAGAAGGAUAUAGUCUUGCCACCACUUGUGUAUAUAAAAAUUAAGUAACAUGCUUGACAUAUUCUCACACACGUACUACGUUCAUACAUAAUGCAGCACGCCAAGUAACCAACUGCUUCUCGCUACAACUACAAUCUUGCAGUCUCAAAGUGUAAAAACACCACAAAUGCCCAUCCACUGGCCUGUUCAUCUUCUUUCUCCAUGACAUGUCUUCUUCCCCAUCUUGUUUUAACCCAGAUAGCUUCCCUGCCUUGUCUCAGGACAGGAGGACAUGCAUGUUUUGUGUAGGAUACUUGUCCAGCUGUUAGCCAGAAAGAUGCCUCAGAUGCUGUUUUAUGUUGUUUCAAAUAAGAUGAUUUAUUGUAACCAAGUUGGAAACUUCAUAUAUUUGAUUUAUCUAUUUCUCUAACCAUUUAUUUAUAUAUCUGUGUUCUGCUAUUUCAUGACAGGUUAGAAAUUGAUUAAACAAAUGCAAAUAUCUAGAAAAAUAGAAAUCGUACCUUGCACAACUUCAAAAUAUGAUGUUGAAGGAGGAACACCAGUUGAACACGGCCUUUAGGUACAGAAUCAUGUGGCCAGGUCAGUGUAUUGGCACAGUAGUUAGUCUAGUCACAUAAAAAACUGUUGCUUUACACACUCCUCCUCUUCUAAAUCCAGAUAGGCAAGAAAAGGCUUUAUUUCUUUGUGUUACGUGUGUUUUCCUCCGGUGUCUGUAUAUUGAGGAUGGAGGACCUACAUCAGUUAGUACUCUUCUUCGCUCUCCUUGUGUGACUCAGUCAGUUUUGUCGUUCGUGUUAGUCAAGUCAAGCGGUGCCCGUCACUGCUCCCCACAAACCAAAAGCCCUCUUUUUCACAGCCUUUAUAUUAAUAUGGGGAUAAAUAAAUUUUUUUCAAGAAGA